UUAUAUCUGAUGAAUCCUACCUAGAACAAAUCAAAGUGUUGCCAGACAUUUGGGGGAAAAUCUCUUUAGUUUACAUUUUUAGUCAAAUUAAAGUAAUUUUUAGACAAAAAACAAGGAAAAUGACUAUUCACUCAAGCAAGAAAGUUGCAUAUUACUACGACGGUGAUGUCGGUAAUUAUUAUUAUGGCCAGGGACAUCCAAUGAAACCUCAUCGGAUACGUAUGACUCACAAUUUGUUAUUAAAUUAUGGACUUUACAGAAAAAUGGAAGUUUAUAGACCUCAACCUUCUAGCUUGGAAGAAAUGACAAAAUAUCAUAGUGAUGAUUAUAUGCUUUUCUUAAAGAACAUUAAACCAGACAAUAUUGGUGACUAUAGUCGUCAAAUGCAGCGAUUCAAUGUUGGGGAUGAUUGCCCUGUGUUUGAUGGACUCUUUGAAUUUUGUCAAAUUUCGAGCGGUGGAUCAAUAGCUGCCGCAACAAAAAUUAACCGUCAGCAUGUGGAUAUGGCAAUCAAUUGGAUGGGUGGUUUGCACCAUGCAAAGAAAUCUGAAGCUUCAGGCUUUUGUUACACAAACGAUAUUGUGCUUGCUAUACUUGAAUUGUUAAAAUACCAUCAAAGAGUUUUGUACGUCGAUAUCGAUAUACAUCAUGGUGAUGGAGUUGAAGAAGCUUUUUAUACGACAGACAGGGUUAUGACGGUUUCCUUCCACAAAUAUGGAGAAUAUUUUCCUGGAACUGGAGAUUUAAAAGACAUUGGAGCUGAAAAGGGGCGCUAUUAUGCAGUCAAUUUUCCACUUCGUGAUGGAAUUGAUGAUGAUACUUAUGAACGAAUAUUUCAACCAGUAAUGGAGAAAAUAAUUUGUGCUUACCAACCUUCUGUUAUUGUAUUGCAAUGUGGAGCUGAUUCUUUGACUGGAGAUCGGUUGGGGUGUUUCAAUCUAACUUUGAAAGGUUAUUUUUGAAGUUAAUGGGACUUGGUAUCAGAUUGGUGGCUGGCAACUGACUGAGAGAACACUGAUGGGAGGAGGGAGGGGGCAAAUUCUAGAAAUGGGAUUGGUUAGAAAAAUAGGGAUCAGAUGCAACAAAGGAUCCUAUACUCGAUACCUGAAACUGAGGGAGCACUUGCCGG